AUGGGUGAAUCAUUCACAAUUCAGAUCAGCAGUGACUUAGUCCGGCACCUUGUUGAAGAUGCUGAGAAGGUAAAAAAGAAAACCAGGAAGCCAAAACCGAAAAUCAGCAGAGAGCCAUUACAGGUCCCAGAUGACAAUUCAAAUUUGCUGAAAGGACCACCUUCAACCGGUUGGCCCAUUCAGCCUCCUCUGUACCUUCAGACUCGAGCUCCUCAACAGCCCACGAAUGCAGAGUUGGAAGCAAUCUGGUCUGCUCUUGAGGCAAGCGAGAGGGUAGUGGAGAGGCUACAAAAGCAGGAGGAGAACAUGCUAAACGAGGUCACUCAAAGGGCUAAGGAACUUCAUGAUAAGGAGUUCAAGCUCCCAAACAGCAAACCUUUGCCGUGUUUGGACGAGAAAGAUGCAUGUGUGAAAUGCUACAAGGAAAAUACCAAGGACCCAUUGAACUGUGCCCAGUUGGUCGAGGGUUUUGCAGAAUGUGCACGCAGAGUUAGGCAGCAAGUUGGUGCUAAGAAUAACUAG